AAAAGAAAAGAAAAACAACCAUCAUCACCACUCUCCACACAGCCUAGAACUUGAUAACAUGAUUGAUUGAUUGAUUGAUGCUCUCGAAUCUUUUAUGGCCUCGGCUGAUGGCGACGACCACGACGACGACGACGACAACAGCAACAGCAGCAGCGGCAACGGCAACACGGAGGAGCAACAGUUGCAGCAGUUGCAGCUGACGCAGUGUUGGUGGUUUAUGCUGCUCAUGCAACAGAGCAUCAUACAGCACAACAGCAACACGUUGCACGAAACAACAGCUGCAACAACCACAACAACAACAACAACAACCACAACAACAACAACAACAACAACAACCACAACAACUACAACAGCCAACACAAGUGUUGCACGCAGCAGUCGCCGCAAACGUUAACAGAAACAAAAAGAAAACACCUGUCCGCACCAAACCCGCCCACCAGUUACAGUUGUUUGCUUUUUUUUCUGCUUUUAUUUUAAUUUCGUCAACAUUUUGAAGAUUGUCGAUUGUUCCGUAAUUCCAUUGCGAAUUAUGAUUAAAUAAUUAAUCUUUUUUUUUCCUGUUUUAAAUAAAAAUGUCAAGCAUUUUCUACACGCAGUUUGGAGUGUAAAGUGCAUAGUUUAUACACACACACACACACACAUGUAAUUAACACACACACAUACAGACUUUGCAAACUGUAAAGAAAAACGAGCGUAAACAUUUUCCAAAGCGAAAAUUGUUUGC